AUGGCGCACCCCGAUGAUGUACAGGUCGGUGACGUGGUGAAUGUCCCCGGUGGCAUGCAUGGGACAGUCAAAUAUUUGGGAUCGGUAGCGGGGAAGGCCGGACGAUUCGCAGGUGUUGAACUGAGCUCCGAACAUGCGCAACGAGGCAAAAACAGUGGCGAUGUCGAUGGCCGGAAGUACUUUACAACCUCAAUCCCGGGUUCUGGCAUAUUCGUUCCCAUGAACAACAGCAAAUAUGUCACAAGGCGAUCCUCGAAUAUAUCUACCCCAACCACUCCUGCACGUGGGGGACCCGUCAACUUCAGCAAAUCUGUCGGUGCAGCUCUUGCUACCCCCGCCCUCGAGUCCGAAGACCCUCGCUCCCUCGACCCGAAUCCCCGCGCGUGCCCCCUCCUCCGAAACUAA